CCGCCCCCGCCCCCCACCCCACCCCACGCACACCCACCCAGGCCUGCAAGAGGGUGCAGCCGCUGGCCUGGGGAGGGUCUGCGGGUGCCAAAGGUGACAGCAGCAGAUGCUGGACCCCGGGAGCUCUCUGCCCCAAGUCGCCUGCAAGGCCUCUGGGGACUGGCCUGCCCACAGCUGGACCUGAUCACCAGCUCGCAAAGUGAGAUCACGCAGCUGGCGGCGUAACCAGACGCGCAGACCUUGCUCGCUGGUGGUUUUUUUUUUUUUGGUGGGUUUUCUCUGCAGCGGCUAGGAAGCGGGAGGCCUCCACCUGGCCCCUUGGGCCGACUUCGAGGAGCCAGAGCAGAGAGAUUCCCGCCCGGGGUGGCGUGCAGGACGAUGCUGGCUCUUACGCGAGCUUCUGCCUUCAGGGUUCUGGUCCUCACCGCCCUUCUGCCCCCGCCGCGGUGCGCCCAGGACCCGGGCAUGGUGCAUUACAUCUAUCAGCGCUUCCAGGUCUUGGAGCAAGGACUGCAGAAAUGCACCCAAGCCACGAGGGCGUACAUCCAAGAAUUCCAAGAGUUCUCGAAAAACAUAUCCACGCUGCUGGGCCGGUGUCAGAGCCACACGAGUGAGUACAAGAGCGCGGUGCAUAACCUCGCCCUGAGGGUCGAGCGUGCCCAGCGCGAGAUCGACUACCUGGAGUACCUGCGGGAAGCCGACGCCUGCGUCGAAUCGGAGGACAAGACGCUGGCAGAGAAUCUCAUCCAAGACGCUGAGGAAAAGAAGAAGAUCCGGACGCUGCUGAACGCAAGCUGUGACAACAUGCUGAUGGGCAUAAAGUCUCUGAAAAUAGUGAAGAAGACGGUGGACACAGACGGCUCUUGGAUGAAAGACGCUGCCGGUGACUCUCCAAAGGUUUAUUUCUUCCCUGGGCCCCGGAGCAACACGGUCUGGGAAUUUGCCAACAUGCGGGCAUUCACGGAGGACAGCACCAAGCCCGGCCCCCGGAAGCUGAUCCUCACACACUCCUCAGGCACAGGCCAAGUGAUCUACCAAGGUUUCCUGUUUUUUCACAACCACGGGACCCCCAAUGAGAUAGUCAAGUACAACCUGCACAAGAGGAGCCUGGAAGACCGAAUGCUGCUCUCGGGAGGGGUCGGCAGAGCCCCGGUCUACCAGCACUCCGCCGCCACGUACAUUGACCUGGCCGUGGACGAGCACGGGCUCUGGGCCAUCCACUCGGGGCCAGGCAUCCAGGGCCACUUGGUUCUCACGAAAAUCGCGGCCGACACCCUGGGUGUGGAACACUCCUGGGACACUCCGUGCCGAAGCCAGGACGCCGAAGCCUCGUUCCUCGUGUGUGGGGUGCUCUACGUGGUCUACAGUUCUGGGGGCCACGGCCCGCAUCGCAUCACCUGUUACGACCCGCUGGGCACUGUCACGGAGGACAGUCUGCCCAGCCUGUUCUUCCCCAGGCGGCCGAGAAGUCACUCUGUGAUCCAUUACAACCCCAGAGAUAAGCAACUCUAUGCCUGGAACGAUGGGAACCAGAUCAUUUACAGACUCCAGACAAAGAGAAAGCAGCCUCUGGAGUGACGCGUCCCAGCUGGGAGGGGGAGUGCCAGGAGCGCUGCUCUCCGGGACAGGGAGCCACGGCCCCUCGCAAGACAGCACCCUCCUGAUCACACACGGAGGGGGGCUGGAAGUGGGAAGGCACCCGCAUCCUUAUCGGAUGGCACCGCUGUAGGUAUCUUUCCGGAGCUCAGAUAAGAGUCAGGAAUUUUCAACACCGUCCACGCCCCAUCCAAACCUCCCGGUGCUCAAGGCCCUCCACUACUGACCCAGCUUCUUCCUUUCUUCGCAUUUACUCCACCUCCCCUCGCCCCCGCCCCUUCCCCACCCUCCCAGCCCUUAGAAAUGCAGGCAACCUUCUAAUACUGGGGUUUCUCUCCUCCCGCCUUUGCUCAGGCUCCUUGCUCUUUCUCGAAUGCCCAUUGAGGUGCCUCCAUGUUUCACGGCCCAGCUGCUGUGCUCUUUCUUAUUGAUGUUUAAUCUCACUUUCUUAUUGAUGUUUCUCAUUGAGGUUAAUCCCUGGUUCUGGAGCUCCACCACGCUAGGCGAUGUUCUAAUAAAGUGAAGACGUUACCUUCUGAA